AUGAUUCAACACUUAAGUUCCGAUAGUGUUGGUUAUCAAGCCAACCUCGACACUUCUCCCAACUGUACGAAGAACGGCCUAAGGCAGCGGCGAGGGGGGGCGGGGCUGCUGCUCGGCGCGGCUGCGGCCGCCAAGGGGUUGCGGGAGGACCUGAGGGGCGCGGCGGCCCGGCCCUGGAGAGGCCUGGCGCGGAUCCCAAAGCAAGGGCGGUCGCGGCGCGAGGAGACGGCGGCCGAGCACGAGUUCCUGCUGCCAAAUGAGAGAAGCUUCCAGAAUGCUGCUAAAAGCAAUAAUUUGGAGCUUAUGGAGAAGCUGUUUGCAAAGAAGGUUAACAUGAAUGCUGUGAACAAUAUGAACCGCACAGCCCUGCCUUUUGCAGUGGGGACAGGUCAUUUGUCUGCGGUGGAUUUCUUGCUGAAUCACAAGGCCGGGGUGGGUGUUGCUGGUGAGCAUGGCUUGACAGUAAUUCACCUUGCAUCCUGGUCUGGAAGCCUCCAGAUCAUGCUCAUGCUGGUUAGAGCUGGAGCAGAUCAGAGAGCCAAGAAUCAAGAUGGAAUGAAUGCCCUCCACUUUGGGGCUCAGAGCAACAACGUGUGCAUUGUGGAGUACCUCAUUCAAGAUGUGCACCUGAGGGACUUGGACCAGCCUGAUGAGAAAGGAAGAAAACCAUUCCUUUUGGCGGCAGAGCGGGGCCACAUUGAAAUGAUAGAAAAACUUACCUUCCUUAAUCUGCAUACUUCAGAAAAGGACAAAGAAAGCAUGCUAGAUUCUAAUGGGAAUCCCUCCCUGCCUUCUCUCUCCACCUGUCUCCUGCAGCUCAGUAUCAGUGCUUUGCAGAUAGCAACCCCGAAUGGCCAUGCAUCCCUUGUCAGCUUUCUUCUCAGUGAGAACAUUGAUCUGCACUAGAAGGUGGAACCUAAGGAGUCCCCUCUUCAUUUACCUGUUAGCAACAACCAUAUCACAGCGGUAAACAGCUUAUUAAGUGCACAGCAUGAUAUUGACAUCUUAAAUCAGAGGCCGCAAACUCCUUUGCAUGUAGCUGCUGAUCUUGGAAAUGUGGAACUGGUGGAAACCCUGCGGAAGGCGGGCAGUGACCUAAAGGUUGUUGACAAGUAAGGGAAGACUGCCCUGGCCGUGGCCGCCAGGAGCAACUGCAACCUCAUCGUGGGCACGCUCAUUAAAGCCAAGAGGUGCUACGCCUGGAGAGAGGUAAGGAAGGCCGAAUUCAGCUCAGUGAGGGCCUCUUCUGCAGCCCCCUCUUCUUACAGGGCAGGGUGGGGUCUGUGUAAUUCUUUUUUCUGCUCUAGUGGCCAGGGCCCUGAGACUCCAAACUCUGGUCCCCCUAGAAGUACCAGUGAAGCGACUGGAAGGGCUUUCAUCCACUGGGCUUCUUACCUCACAGCUGCCAGAGGAGGAAUGAACAUGCAACCACAGUCAUAUGGAACUUGCGUUAGAACUGAGUUCACAGGAAGGAGGUGUCAGCAUCUGCCCUUUGUGCUUGCCACGGGAGAGGAGAGCUUCCGUGAACACGGCCACGGGGCUCUGUGGCUGCACGGGGCCCUGGUGACACAGGCCACGCCGGUCAAGCACCUGUACGAGGAGCUGGUGUGCGCGGGCUUCUCAGAACUAGCUGAAAAUAUUCGUCAAUUUAAAAGUGAAACUGACUCAAGGCCCAAGAAAUGUGCAGUUUCAUAAAUGCCUAAAGAAAUUGUAUUUGAAUGAUUUUCCAUUCAGUAUUCAGUCCUCUUAAAUUCAGUUCUUCAAAUGGCGUAAAGUUCUUCCAACAGCGGUACUGAUUUUCCUUUCAACUGUGAAGAUGGCAGUGACAGGAUUCUCUAACAGAUGAAAAAAUGGUAUUACACUUUCCAACCGCUGAAAAGUCAACUUUUUU